AAUUUUCCCGCCAAAAUUUUAUCAGAUGUUCAAAUUACAUAACCUCUGAUUUCCAGAAAAAUGUUUAAACAAAGCGUCAGUUUGUUCAAAUUAGCAACAAAUCAUACGAUUAGACGUUUUUUGUACGGCAGUAAAAAAUUAAGCGCUCCACCGGGGGCUUACGAAGGUGAAGGAAAAACAACCGUAAACAUAUUAAACAAUGAGGACGAGGUGGGAUUAAUGAUAAACGGCUUCAGUCAAGCGGGUUUUAGAUUAAAUAACGAUUUGACGAUUUUAGGCUCCGUUGUAAUAUUUCCAAAAUCAGUUCUUUCAUGGAAUGUUGGCGACAUCAACGAAAUUACAGAUGAAUCACUUUCGUUAUUUACCAUAUUAGAACCCAAAUUAGAUAUAAUUGUUUUAGGAAUAGGAGAUCCACAAAAAGAUUUCAGUUUCUAUAAAAAAAUUGUACCGUUUGCACGCAAACACAAAUUAACAUUUGAAAUUCUUCCUACGGAACAAGCUUGUGCAACGUUUAAUUUUUUAAGUUCUGAAGGAAGACAUGUAGCUGGUGCGCUAAUACCACCACAAACUGUCGUUACCACUGAGGAUGAUGUGCUGCAAACCAAAUUAAGAUACCAGAAUUUGUACGAAAGAGAAUAAAGGAAUUUUGCCGAA